UCAAAUGGGGGGUUCAAGCGUCCUCCGGUUAACGAGUCUCCAAAUUGUAAACAAAAACAUUUACUAAACAGUGGAAUAUUUAUAUAUUUUAGAAACAUGGUUUUCCCACCAGAAGCAUCCCAAAUUGCAAAAUUAAUACCUAGAUUAAAGUAUAAUGUUAAACCGCGUCACAGAAAUCUAAAACAACCUUUAGGACCUGAAGGUAGGAUAAAUAAAAUGAAAAAAACUUUGAGUGCAUUAUUCAAGUAUGAGAGAAUAGAACUGUUCUUGCCUCGUUGUGAUGAAGUCCGUGGAUAUGCCGAAAGGCUGAUCACAGAAGCAAUAAGACAUGGAGAUCAACAUCCUCCUACCAUGGAUUUAGCAAACUUCUUUCUGGAAGACAAACAGAUGAUCCACAAAUUGUUCAAAGUUUUAGCACCACGUUACAAAGACUAUCAAACUACAUAUACAGAUGUACAUUUAAUUCCAGACAAAUGUCAUUUAGCAGCAGAACUGAAGAAAGCAAGAUUUCUUCAAGAAUGUGUUUUAGAACUGAAAGGUAACCCUUAUCCACCUCUGCCUUCAAAGCCAAAGCCUAAUCGUGAAUCUUUAACAAAUAUAUUGUUAAGGGAAGCUAAUAAAGAGUUUCAGAAAAUGAAACUAAAAUCAGAAAGUGCUGAGAAUAAGAAUUAAAAGCUGACGAAGAAAUCUUGUUGAGUAGUUCAAAUAUUGUGUAAUGUGAUGAUUUUUCAUGUUUGUUCAUCUCUAUAUAAAUAAACAUAUUCUACAUAA